AAGAUCCAGUGUGGUGAGAGUUUUGAAAGUUCCUUUCUUCUGCUGUUCAAGUUCACACAUAAAACUUGAAUACUGGGUACAGCUUGUUACUUAACUGAAAGGAAUCAAAGAAUGGCCUCUGGACCAGACCCUGGCGGCCGUUCAAGGUUUGCUAAACUCGGAAUGGCAAUAAACGAAGAAUUGACCCAGGCCUGUAGAGAUGUCUUGGAAUUGGAGGUACCUCCUGGUCUUGUCUACAACAAAGUGAAAGCAUCUUCAAUUUAUAAGAAAAUACGUCCCGAACAAGAACUUUGUCUCAUAGGCGCCAAAGCGGAUGGUUAUAAAGAAUUUGAUAUUACAUUGUUAUAUACACUGAUAAGAAACAUAUGUACAAAGAUUCCUCGUCCAACAAAAGGUUGGGGUGGAAAUACGAUGCCGUCUGUAGGAGAAACGACGAUCGGUGAUGAUAUUGAAAGAAUUAGGAUGAUAAGAAACACUAUGUUUGGACACAUAAGCUCGGCGAGUACCUCGAAAGCAGACUUUGACGAUACGUGGUCAGUCAUAGCUGAUAUCUGCCAAAGACUGCAAUCGUACACAAAGAAAGACUAUAUGUCUGGACUGAGUAAUCUUCAGAGUCAGGCCCUAGAGGAGGAAUACGAAGCAACAGUCAUAGAAAAACUUAGGGAAGAUCAUAAGAAUAACCAGUCUCUAAUGGUGAAGUUAUCUUCUGUGGAACAGGAUUUGCAAGAAUUGAAAACAAAAUCAGAAAAUGAAG